UUUGGGUUUUUUGCCCUCAGCAGCACCCCGGGGGCGGGUCUACCCGGCGGGUAUCCGCCCCUAUUUCACACAUUCCCGAAUGCCAUUGGUUUGCGCCCAGUCAGCCAAGCUUGGAUCUGAUUGGUAGUGAGAGCUUAUUACCGGAAGCAACGCUUUUGAAAUCUGGCGCUAAAUUAUUUGAGGACUGAAGACGGGAUGUUGCAGGAUUUUUAAAGUGGGAUUUAGCUGCAUUGCUGAGAAAGAAAAGGUCCAAUCCAGUCCAAAUCUCGGGAAAGGUAUCGAACAAGAGCCUGUACAAGAACCACAAGCUCAGUCCUGUAUAGGUGGAGACAGGCCAGUUAAUUUCUUACCCACUGAAAAAGUCUUCAUGGUGGAAUCCCUCCUGAAAUUAAGCAAUUUCAGAGAAAAAAGAAGGUAUCGCGUCAGCCUGGAUGAAAUUCAGCGUCGCAUUGGUCCCCCAGAGUUUCUGUCUUUAAAUGGGCUUGUGUCAUAUCUGCGGACAGCAAAAUCCAAAAAAGACUCCCUGAAAGGGGAACUGGAAGCUGCUGGUGUAAUCCCUCCCCCAGUGACCCGUCUCACAUCCAUGUGUUCAAAAUUAACAGAAGAUGAAGCUGAUGACCUAGCUGUGGACCUGGGAAAGCUUGCCAGUAGGCAUAUAGAUUUCCAGUCAGCUGCUGAAACUCAGCAAUCUUCACAGGACAAGGCAACAGAUCUCCUGAAAGCAAAGUCUGUUCAGGAGUUCUUAGGACAAACCAAAAAUGGCUUGGCUCUGUUCAUGAGUCGGUACAACACAGUGACUCAUGGACUGGGGCCAAAGACAUUUGAGGUCUCUGUUCAAAUUCUGGAGGCGUACCUACGUCAAGUCAUACGGCAGCUUACAGAAGAAAGUUAAAGCAAUUGUGCUGUGCAUGCAGCAGUGUUUUGUUUGUUUAGUUUGCAGUUUAAAAAAGUACUAGUCU